CGGUUGUGUUCUUGUCAAACCGCGCAACUAGCCUCCAACUAACUUGCUCAGAAGGAGAUCCCACUAAUUUCAAUGAUAUUUGCCCCUCAGUAUUGUAAAUGUGGCUAGAAAGAAUUGCAGUCCAGAAAGAAAAAACUCAAGCAGCAAUCCUUUGCACGCUUCCUCGGAUGUCAGUCGUGUUGGAGUCAGUGAGACAGCAGCCGCAUUCCAAAGAAACGUGCAUUGUAGGAGCAGGCUAGCUAUCAAAACAUUUCUUUUCACACCAGCGGCGCCUCGACAAUGAGUUCCUCGCUUUUUGUGGCAGUAGUUUAAGAGACGAACACAUUUAUUGUGGCAAUAACUGAUACCCUUUAAAGAGCCGCACGACUGUUUGUUUUUGCUGCGGCUUAGCUGGAAGUAAACGCAGAGCGUGGAACGCAAUUCGUGGGGCCGCGUGACAGACUCCACAAGCGGUAGAAGCCGUCGGGAUACCGGUAAUGCGCACGCGCAGUCAUCGCGCUUGUCCGGAUGCUCCCCGGCUUUGUGCGACGGUUGCUGGUGCGGUGGGCCAGGGGUAGCUGUUGUAGCCACAGCAGCACCAUGUCGGCGCCCUCUUCCUCGGGUCGCUCUCUGCAGCCUGUCACUCACGUCAUCUUCGACUUGGACGGCACCCUUCUGGAUACUGAACCUCUUUAUACUAUUAUGUUCCAAGACAUCUGUAGCCGUUUUGGGAAGAACUUCAAUUGGGAGAUUAAAUCCUUAAUUAUGGGUAGGCAAGAGUUGGUGGGUUUAGAAAUCAUCCGAGAGACCCUACAGAUUCCAGCAACCAAAGAAGAAAUGCAGGAUCUCAUGAAGCAGAAGAAAGAAGAAUUACUUCCCAAGACUCAGCUGAUGCCAGGAGCUGAGAAACUUGUCCGCCAUCUACAGAAACACAACAUACCCCUUGCUAUUGCCACCAGCUCCAAUCGAGAAGCGUAUGAAAUGAAAAUAACCCAUCAUAAAGACCUCUUUGGUUUUUUUCAUCAUAUCGUGGUGGCUGAUGACCCUGAAGUGAAGGCUGGCAAGCCACAGCCUGAUGUUUUCCUAGCCUGUGCAAAGAGGUUUGUACCUCCAGCACCUCCAGCAAAGUGUCUUGUGUUGGAAGAUGCUCCUAAUGGGGUCAAAGGGGCUUUGGCAGCUGGGAUGCAGGUAGUUAUGAUUCCAGAUGAGCAUCUGAAGAAAGAACUUACCCAGGAAGCCACUCUGGUGCUCCAGUCUAUGAACGACUUCAAGCCAGAAAUGUUUGGUUUGCCAAAGCUUAACUGAGUACUCUUCCGAUAUUUAUUGUAUUAAUUUUGUCUUCCUGGUUUUAGAAAAGAACAGGCCAUUUGUUCAAGGUGUCCUAGUCCCUAUUACAUCUUCCAUUACCAUCAUUAAAGUUUACUGGGCAACUCAUUUAUUCAGAUCCAGAAAUGUCAGAUGGAAAGGUGGGCUGUAUAUGCUUACACAUACAUGUAAGACAGGCUUCUCAGCCUGCUCUUUCCGGAGACCUCCAGAAAAAGACAAUUUGUCCCUGAAACUUCAGGAAGUGCAGAGCAGGGAACUUCUUUCACACAAGAGAAAAAAGGAAAGAAAUCUUUGAUUGUGUGUGCACUUUUUGCAUUUUUAAAGAGACUGAAUCACA